UAAAAAUAAAAAUUUUGACUCUUAUUUAUAAAAAGUAACGACAAGAUAUUCAGUCACUUAAUUUUUCGAAUUCUCGUAAAUCAUUUUUACUUAAUCAUCAUUUAAUUGUGUAUGUAUAUUUUUAUUGAAGAAAUAAUUCAUUCAAGAGACGCAGAAACUGACAUUCUAUUUGUCAAAUUAUGAAGGUCUUUUGGAUUUUAUUCAGUCUUUUUGUAUCAGCUUGCUUGGGUAAAAAAAUUAAAACUGCAUCUGUAAUAUAUGAUCAGUUUUUGAAAAAAUUCACCAUCAUUGAUUUUGUUGCUGAUAAUUCAGUUGCUUAUGGAGAUUUUAAAGAUGACAUUUUUCUGACUGGGUGGUCUUAUUUACAAAUAAAAAGUAAUAAAUCCUUUCCUGAUCCUGUACAAGCUUAUACAGCUGGUCUUGUAGAAGGAUUCUUGACUGCAGAUCUAUUGGAGAAACAUUGGUAUAAUGUUAUUGCUGACUACUGUACUAAUGAUGAAGCGUUUUGUCAUCGUUUACAAGAUUUUCUUCAGAAAAAUUUGGAUUUCAUAAAUAAAAAUAUUGAAGCUAAAAGGAAUUAUGAUUCAUAUUGGCACCAUGUAGCUCUAACUCUUGAGCAGUUACAUGGCUUAGAGGAAGGGUUUAGAAACAAAACCAGUCAUCCAUCUACAGAUGUAAAUGUUAUGGGUUUAAUGUUAUUGAAUAUCUUAGGUGAUUUGGAUGAUCUUGAAGUAGUUUUAAAUAAAAAGAAGGUUGCAAAAGCAUAUGGUAGUGGUUCAUGUUCUGCUUUAGUGAAAAUUCUUCCCAAUAAUAAGGAUAUCUAUUUUGCUCACAGUACUUGGACAUUUUAUAAUAGAAUGCUGAGAAUUUUAAAAAAAUAUAAUCUGCAGUUUCAUACUUCAUUAAAUGCUAGUUCUCCUUUAAUACCUGGUCAUACAAGUACAUUUUCUUCACAACCUGGUGUGAUUUAUUCACAUGAUGAUUUUUAUCUUCUUUCAUCUGGCCUAGGUGCAAUGGAAACAACAAAUUCAAACCAUAAUGCAAGCUUAUGGAAAUAUGUGACACCUAAAGGAAUAAUUUUAGAAUGGCAACGAAAUGUCAUAGCUAACAGAUUAGCUAAAAGUGGUAAAGAAUGGGUGGCAUUAUUUGGACUAAAAAAUAGUGGAACUUACAAUAAUCAGUGGAUUAUAUUAGAUUUCAAAAAAUUUCAACCUGGCAGACCUCUACAAGAUGGAUUAUUGUGGGUGCUUGAGCAAUUACCUGGAUAUUUACAUAGUGAAGACAUGACUGAUGUUUUGAGGCAGCAAGGUUAUUGGCCAUCGUAUAAUGUUCCAUAUUUUAAAGAUGUUUUCAAUAUGAGUGGAGCACAAAUAGAUGUCCUAAAGUAUGGCGAUUGGUUUACGUAUGAUAAAACUGCAAGAGCUUUAAUUUUUAAACGUGAUCACGGUAAAAUUAAAGAUAUUCCAAGCAUGAUCAAAUUAAUGAGAUACAAUGAUUACACCAAUGAUCCCUUAUCAAAAUGUAACUGCACGCCUCCAUAUAGUGCUGAAAAUGCCAUUUCUGCUAGAAGUGAUCUCAAUGCAAUAAAUGGGACCUAUCCAUUUGGUGCCUUAGGACACAAACAACAUGGUGCUAUAGAUGUAAAGUUAACAUCAUACGAGAUGUUCAAAAAUUUGGAAUUUGUUGCAAUUAGUGGACCUACUUAUGAUUCAGUGCCUCCUUUUCAGUGGAGUAAAAGCGAUUUUGAUAAAACAGUUAGGCAUACUGGUCACCCAGACUUGUGGAAAUUUGAACCAGUAGUUCAUAAAUGGUUAUAACUGUAUUUGUAAGUAAUACUGAUAUAUAAUUUUAACUGUGAUAAUUUUUUAAUUAAGAUAUUUCUCUAGUAUAGUGUAAUAAUUGUAUUUUCAUAUUUAAAUUUAAUGUAUUCGGGCAACAUUCUUCAAUGAUUGCAUUGGAAAAUAUUAAAAGCAUUCCUAUGAUA